UCGCACGAGGCGCACUGCUUGCUACGACGCCCCCCUGAAGUGCAUCGCGAACCCCGCGCAUAUCUCAAACGCCGAUUUCUACGAGUUACCCGCCUUGCGCCGAGCCGUCACGACAUUCGGUGAGGGAAUGUGACCUAUUGAACUCGUACACCAGGCAAUACAGGAGAUCCAGCAGAUCUCAUUCCACGCCAGAGCCCCCAAAGUUCACAAGACUUUUGUCUUAGUGUCUCCAGACUUGCCCACCAUGGCCGACGGAUUCGCCCCGCGCUCAAUGAAGCGCAAGAACGUCAAAGGUCUUGCCUUGACUCCCGCAGCCCCCAAGCCUCCCCCGACCGCUGAGAAUGCCAAUCUGGGCCCAGGGCCAGGAGCCAGAGGCGACGAUAAUGCCGCGCAGCUGGAAAUUGGUAUCGAGUUCAACCUGGACUUGAGGCCAGAAGACCUCGAGAUCAUCAAGGAUUUGGGAGCGGGAAAUGGCGGGACCGUCAGUAAAGUUAGGCAUAUCCCGACUAAUACCGUCAUGGCACGCAAGAUUAUCCAUGUUGAAGCGAAACGAGAAAUGCGCAAGCGUAUAGUUCGCGAGCUCCAAAUCAUGCACGGCUGCCAUUCCGACUAUAUUGUCACUUUCUAUGGAGCGUUUUUGAACGAUAACAACGAUGUUAUUAUGUGCAUGGAGUACAUGGACGUCGGCUCACUUGACCGCGUCUCGCGGGUCUUCGGUCCAAUUCGUGUCGAUGUCUUAGGCAAGAUCGCCGAGGCCACUCUUGGUGGUCUCACAUAUCUCUACUCGAAGCAUCACAUUAUGCAUCGAGACAUCAAGCCGUCCAACAUCCUUGUAAACUCCCGGGGUUCCAUCAAGCUUUGCGACUUUGGCGUCUCAGGGGAACUAAUCAACUCGAUUGCCGACACGUUCGUCGGCACGUCUACCUACAUGGCUCCCGAGAGAAUCCAAGGCGAAAAGUACACUGUCAAGUCCGACGUCUGGAGUUUCGGUCUGUCCAUCAUGGAGCUAGCCAUUGGUAAAUUUCCGUUUGCCGCGAGCGAGCAGCUCUCGGACGCCGAGAGCGCGCCUGCUGGAAUUCUCGAUCUGCUUCAGCAAAUCGUCCACGAACCCGCGCCUCGGCUCCCCAAGAGCGAUGCCUUCCCGCAGAUCCUGGACGAUAUGAUUCAGAAGUGUCUAUACAAAACACCCGAGCAGCGGCCGACCCCCCAAGAGCUUUUUGACCGAGAUCCGUUCGUCCAAGCGGCCAAGAGAACUCCAGUUGACCUGAGAGAGUGGGCUUGUGGUUUGAUGGACCGGGAUAACCGCAAGUCCCAUCUGGCGCCCCAGCUCUCUCCAGCAACACAGGAGCUCUUGCGGUCGAGUGACUCCCCUACGUUCUUGAUGCAGACAGACAGCACAAUGCAGCAAACCCCCACUUCAGGUGAGAUACCCAUUUUGGGGACUAUGGUGUCACCUCGUGACCAAUAUGGCAGCGUAUCGAAUCGAUCCCCGACACGCACCGGACCAAUCAGCCUUGGCCGCCCAGGUGGACCGGCUGUACAUCCGGGACUGGGACCACGAGUAGUCACGACAAACUCGAUUCCGAGGCUCGGCCAGCAAGUCGCAGGCGAAGAACGAAACCCCGGCCCUCCUGGCCCCCAGAGCGCAAAUAGAGCCGUCUUUUCUCUUCCACUUCGGCCCGGUAUCCCAACCGGCCCCCUACCGCCGCCGCCCCUUCGAAGACAGCCGACCGCGGAGGAGCCCAGGAGAGAGAGCCGCCGGCAAGCUGCGGUCGGGCCGCCUCUGGAGAGAAGCUUCUGAUCGUGAGGUGGUUGCGCUGGGGGGAAAUCGUUCGAGACGGUGUUUCUUUACAUCAAAGCCCUAUUCUAAUUUCUCGUUGCAACAAUUUCUUUUCUUUACAUUAUUAAAUUACCUUCAUGUUUCUCUUGCCUCAUGGCAGAGGUUAUUCAUGUUCCCCGGGGGCGCUUUUCUUGGACAUUCUGACUGGCUACCUUCUUGGUUGAGACGACAUGAUGAAUGUGCAUCUGCAGCAUUUGUUGGCGUAGUGUAACCGUGUCGCAAAUCAUCUGAUAUC